CUCAAGGUAUGACAAAUUUACCUCACCCUCUAGUCCCCCAGAGAGAGAGAGAGAGAGAGAGAGAGAGAGAGAGAAAGGCUGAGAAAUGGUCAUUUCCUGUGAGUCUGGAACUGAGUCUACACGCAAACACACAUGCACACAUACGCACAUGAGUGUGUGUCCUGUGCCGACUUCUUGGCAUGUCCUGGUGCUCCUGCUUCGCUUCUGGGUCUCUGCAAAAUUGGUAAUUUUCUAGUACAUUUAUUUCUACAUGUCAGCCAGUCGGAGGACUCAGGGCCCAACCGCAUCGAGGACUUCCUCCUGCCCGACGCUGGAGGUUGGAUGUUGAUAUUGAUGGACAUCAAAAGGCAAAAUUUAAAUCAGCCCACAAACGGGGGAAAGGGAAUGAAGCAGAAGCUGAAGCUGAGACGGAGACUGUGGACCGAGUCCAAGGAAUACGUCAUGUCCACUUUCGGCAAGACAAGAAAAGGGUUCUCUCCCAGGGACUCGACUCCGCCAAAGGACAAGUCGAGGAUGAAGAUGGGUGGGUGCGGGGAUGGGUGCGGCAUCUUCUCCAGUCUGUUAUGAAUGCAAAUUAAAAGUA